AACCAAACGAUUUUUGGGAGAAUCUGCCGUUGUUUUUUCAAAACAAAACACAAGAAAAGGAAAACCCUCUCUUCCUUCCUUCCUUCAAUUUCUUGAUCCAUAAUCUCAUGGUUUGACUUUGAGUUUAUCCAAAUAUGGAGGAAGAAUCAUCAUCCAGAUCACUCCUUUUGGAGGAUUUCGGUCAAAAGGUGGAUCUCACCAGGAGAAUCAGAGAGGUUUUGUUGAAUUACCCUGAAGGGACUACGGUUCUCAAGGAACUUAUACAGAAUGCCGACGACGCCGGUGCCACCAAGGUUUGUCUUUGCUUGGACCGUAGGUCUCAUGCUACCACAUCCCUCUUAUCGCCUAAGCUCGCCCAGUGGCAAGGUCCUGCUUUGUUGGCGUAUAACAAUGGCGUUUUCACGGAAGAUGAUUUUGCUAGUAUUUCUAGGAUUGGUGGGAGUGGCAAGCAAAGUCAAGCUUGGAAGACUGGUCGUUUCGGGGUUGGCUUCAACUCGGUGUACCAUCUGACUGAUUUGCCAUCUUUCGUUAGUGACAAAUAUGUAGUGCUGUUUGAUCCUCAGGGUGAUUACCUCCCUAAUGUAUCCACAUUAAAUCCCGGAAAGAGAAUCGAGUAUGUCAGUUCAUCAGCCAUCUCUCGAUACCGAGAUCAGCUUUCUCCAUACUGUGCCUUUGGUUGCAACAUGGAAAGUUCUUUCCCUGGAACUAUAUUUCGUUUCCCUUUGAGGAAUGAGGAGCAAGCAUCAAGGAGUAAGCUCUCAAAGCAAGCCUAUAUGGCAGAUGAUGUUUCUUCAAUGUUUGUUCAGUUAUAUGAGGAAGGAGUUUUCACGCUUCUAUUUCUAAAGAGCGUACUUUGUAUCGAAAUGUAUGUAUGGGAUACGGGGAUGCCUGAACCUAGAAAAACUUAUUCCUGCUCUAUCAGCUUGGCAGACAGUGAUACUGUUUGGCAUCGCCAGACACUUUUGAGAUUAUCCAAGUCUAUCAAUUCUUCUGAAUAUAAGAUGGAUGGAUUUUUGUUGGAUUUCUUGAGUGAAGAUAUAAGUGGAGAUCAGUCUCAGAAGAGGGUGGAUACCUUCUACAUAAUGCAGACGAUGGCAUCAGGAUCCAGCAGAAUAGGUUCAUUUGCUGCAAGUAUGUCCAAAGAUUAUGACAUUCACCUACUACCUUGGGCUGCAGUAGCAGCAUGCAUCUCAGACAAUUCGUCCAGAGGUGAUCUCCUCAAAGAUGGCCGGGCAUUUUGUUUCCUCCCCUUGCCAGUAAAAACUGGAAUGACUGUGCAAAUUAAUGGAUACUUUGAGGUGUCAUCAAACCGUCGUGGCAUUUGGUAUGGAGCAGAUAUGGACAGGAGUGGCAGAAUACGUUCUCUCUGGAACAGGCUUUUAUUAGAGGAUGUUGUUGCGUCUUCAUUUGUUAAGUUGCUGAUUCAAGUGCAACCUAUCCUGGGUCCCACCAAUUCAUAUUAUUCUUUGUGGCCUACUGGUUCCUUUGAGGAACCAUGGAGCAUUUUGGUGGAGCAUAUUUACAAGAACAUUGGUGAUUCCCCUGUCUUGCAUUCAGAGCUUGAUGGGGGGAAGUGGGUUUCGCUAGUUGAGGCUUUUCUUCAUGAUGAUGAGUUCUCUAAGAGUAAUGACCUUAGUAAAUCUCUUGUACAGUUGGGAUUGCCUAUUGUUCAUUUGCCAAUUGCCUUGCGAGACAUGCUUUUGAAAUUUGCAUCUAGUGUGCGGCUGAAAGUAGUCACUCCUGAUUCAGUGCGCAAUUUUCUUAGGAAAUCGAAAGCUAUUGACAGUAUAAGCAGAUCUUUCAAACUAGUAUUGUUGGAGUAUUGUCUCGAAGACCUGAUUGAUGAUGAUGUCAUUAGACAUGCAUAUGAUCUGCCUUUGGUUCCUUUAGCAAAUGGUGACUUUGGAUCAUUCUCUGAAGCUUCAAAAGCGGUAUCUUAUUUUGUCUGCAAUGAUUUGGAGUACAUGCUCCUACAAAAGAUACCAGAUAGAGUAAUCGAUCAGAAUAUACCUCACCAUAUAUUAAGCAGACUAGCAUCUAUUGCUAAGAUCUCUUCAGCAAACAUUUUUGUUUUCGAUAUUCAUUGCUUCCUUCAGUUGUUCCCUAAAAUUGUACCUGUUGACUGGAAACAUAAAACUGUGGUUUUCUGGGAUCCAGAAUCCAAUUCUAAUCAUCCUAGUGUAACAUGGUUUCAUCUAUUUUGGAAAUAUCUUCAUGAUAAUUGUGAAAGCCUGUCCAUGUUUGGUGAUUGGCCCAUCUUGCCAUCUCUUGAUGGUCAACUGUACAGACCAUCUCGGCAGAUGAAAUUGUUGAAUGUGGAUAAAUUGUCUGACAAGAUGCAGGCUCUUCUUGGUAAAGUAGGGUGCAAGAUAUUUAACAGCAGCAAUGGUAUUAAGCACCCUGAUUUACUCAACUAUGUACGUAAUGCUGAUGGUUCUGGUGUCUUGAAGUCUAUUUUUGACGUCAUUACUUCAAAUGAUGGGAUUAAAGAAAUUUUUCUUAAGACCCUAGAAGCUGCAGAGAGGGAUGAGCUUCGUCAAUUUCUUCUUGAUCCGAAAUGGUAUAUUGGAAACAAUAUGUCUGAUUCUGAUAGAAGGACAUGCAUGCGACUUCCAAUCUUUAGAGUGUAUGGUGGGGAAUCUGCAGAAAACUUCCAGUACUCUGAAUUGCAAAACCAAAAUUUUUUGCCCCCAUCUGACUGUCCCGAGUCCUUACUUUGUGGUGAUUUUGUUAAUAGUUCAUCUAGCACUGAAGAUGAAAUUUUGAAUAAAUACUAUGGCAUCCAGCGGAUGGGGAAGGCCAGAUUCUAUAAACAAUAUGUGUUUGAUAGGGUUAAAGAGUUGCAACCCGAGUUCCGCGACAGUAUCAUGAUGUCAGUUCUGCAGGAGUUACCCCAAUUGUCUUCAGAUGACCCAACAUUCAAGGGAUAUGUAGCAAAUUUGGAAUUUGUUCCAACUGCAAGCGGUUCUUUGAAAUGCCCAGCAGUGCUCUAUGAUCCUCGGAAUGAAGAAUUAUAUGCUUUAUUAGAAGACUCUGAUAGUUUUCCUGCUGGUGUUUUUGAGGAAUCUAGAACUUUAGACAUGCUACAAGGUUUGGGUCUAAGGACAUUUGUGUCUCCUGAGGCUGUCAUACAAAGCGCUCGACGGGUGGAACAGUUGAUGCAUGGUGAUCAACAAAGGGCUCAUUUUAGAGGAAGAGUGCUUCUUUCUUAUCUAGAAGUAAAUGCAAUGAAGUGGUUACCUGAUGUGCCAAAGGAUUUGUUUUCGCGAGCUGCCAGUGCAUUUAGGUCUAGAAAUCUGAAAUCUGACUUGGAGAAGUUCUGGAAUGAUCUACGAUUGAUUUCUUGGUGCCCUGUGCUUGUUUCAUCUCCAUUUCAAUCAUUACCAUGGCCAGUUGUGUCGUCCAUGGUUGCUCCUCCAAAGCUCGUGAGGCUAUACUCAGAUUUGUGGCUUGUUUCAGCCAGCAUGCGAAUAUUGGAUGGAGAAUGUUCUUCAACUGCCUUAUCUCAUUAUCUUGGGUGGUCAUCUCCCCCUGGAGGAAGUGUUAUUGCCGCCCAACUUCUUGAGCUUGGAAAAAACAAUGAAACUGUAACUGAUCCUGUUCUUCGCCAGGAAUUGGCUUUAGCGAUGCCUAGGAUUUACUCCAUACUGAUGAACAUGCUAAAUUCAGAUGAAAUGGACAUUGUGAAGGCUGUUCUAGAAGGGUGCCGAUGGGUUUGGGUAGGAGAUGGAUUUGCAACACCAGAGGAAGUUGUCAUCAACGGUUCUCUUCAUUUGGCCCCUUAUCUGCGUGUCAUACCUGUUGAUUUAGCAGUGUUUAGAGCUUUAUUUCUGGAGCUUGGCAUCCGAGAGUUCUUAAAGCCUACGGAUUAUGCAAAAAUUUUGUGCAGAAUGGCUAGAAUCAAAGGUUCCACUCCUCUGAAUGCACAGGAGCUGCGGGCAGCUUUACUACUCGCACAACAUCUGGCUGAAGUUCAAUUGUAUGAAGAGCAAAUUAAGAUCUACUUGCCAGAUGUUUCAUGCAUUUUAGUUGACGCCACGGACUUAGUUUAUAAUGAUGCUCCAUGGUUGCUUGGUCCAGAAAAUACUGAGAGCUCAUUUGGAAAUGCAUCUAAUGUGGUCUUCAAUAUGAAAAGAACAGUGCAGAAAUUUGUGCAUGGUAACAUCUCCAAUGAUGUUGCAGAGAAGCUUGGUGUUCAUUCACUUCGCCGGAUGUUGCUUGCUGAAAGUGCUGAUUCAAUGAAUUUGAGUUUAUCUGGAGCUGCGGAAGCAUUUGGACAGCAUGAAGCUUUGACAACCAGACUUAAACAUAUUCUUGAGAUGUAUGCAGAUGGGCCAGGCACUCUUUUUGAGCUGGUACAAAAUGCGGAAGAUGCUAAAGCUUCUGAAGUAGCGUUUCUUUUAGAUAACACCCAUUAUGGGACUUCAUCCGUUCUUUCCCCAGAAAUGGCAGAUUGGCAAGGGCCAGCUUUGUACUGUUUCAAUAACUCCAUCUUCAGUCCGCAGGACUUAUACGCAAUCUCUCGAAUUGGUCAAGAAAGUAAAUUGGAUAAGCCAUUUGCAAUUGGAAGAUUCGGUUUAGGAUUUAAUUGUGUUUACCACUUCACAGACAUUCCUACGUUUGUUUCCGGGGAGAAUAUUGUAAUGUUUGAUCCUCAUGCAUGCAACUUACCAGGAAUAUCUCCUUCUCAUCCUGGCUUGCGGAUUAAAUUUGCUGGCAGAAAAGUUUUGGAACAGUUUCCAGAUCAGUUCUCUCCAUUUCUUCACUUUGGCUGUGACAUGCAACAGUCAUUUCCUGGUACGCUCUUCCGUUUUCCCCUGAGAAGUGCUAAAGUUGCUUCAAAGAGCCAAAUAAAGAAGGAAGCCUACUCACCUCAAGAUGUCAAAUCACUCUUAUCAUCCUUUGCUGAGGUUGUAUCCGAGACGUUGCUUUUUUUGCGUAAUGUAGAGACCAUCGCCAUAUAUAUGAAAGAAGGAGCUGGUAGUGAGAUGCAGCUUGUACAUCAAGUCCAGAAGGAGCGUAUUGGUGAACCUGGAGCUGAAACCAACACAUUUCAGCAAAUGGUUAAUUUUAUGCAUGAACAUCAGCAAGAUGGAUCAAAUAAGAAUAAUUUCUUGGACAAACUGAGGAGACCUAAUGACACAGGUUUGCCUUGGAAAAGUCAGAAACUUCUAUUGACAGAGAAAAGCUCAUCUGAAGAAAAGUCACAUAUCUGGUUAACCAGUGAAUGCUUUGAUGGUCGCCGUGGUAAAAGAAAUUCUGAAGCCAGAGACAACAGAUCUCAUAAGUUUAUUCCAUGGGCUUGUGUGGCAUCAUGUUUAAAAACUGUAGAGGUUGACAAAGAAUUGAACAAUGCAAAAGGUGGAGAAGAUUCUCGUGUUGUUACCUCUGACAUGCAGGAAGUUUCUGUAGCUUCUGUUGAAGUUAAAAAGAAUUUUGAGGGCCAGGCCUUCUGCUUUUUACCACUUCCAAUAAGUACUGGUCUUCCAGUGCAUGUUAAUGCAUAUUUUGAAUUAUCAUCUAAUCGAAGGGAUAUAUGGUUUGGGAAUGACAUGGCUGGUGGUGGCAAAAAACGAUCUGACUGGAACAUUUACCUUCUUGAAGAAGUUGCUGCACCAGCUUAUGGUCACUUGCUUGAGAAACUUGCAUUGGAAAUUGAGCACUCUGAUUCAUUCUAUUCCUUUUGGCCAACUACAGCAACAUCAGGACCUUGGGCAUCAAUGGUGCAGAAGCUUUAUAGUUUUGUUGCUGAUUCUGGUCUGCGUGUAUUGUAUACUAAAGCAAGAAAUGGUCAGUGGAUAUCAACCAGACAGGCCAUUUUCCCUGAUUUUACUUUUGACAAGGCAUCCUGUCUUGUUGAUGCACUGUGUGAUGCUGGCUUACCUAUCACAACAAUUCCCAAGUCUCAUGUGGAGAAAUUUAUGGAGUUCUGUCCAUCUUUGCAUUUUCUCACACCUCAGUUGCUAAGAACCUUGUUAGUUCGCAGAAAACGUGAAUUCAGAGAUAGGAAUGGAAUGAUCUUGGCACUUGAGUAUUGUUUACUUGAUCUAAAAAAUCCGAUUCAACCUGAUAGUUUUUACGGUUUACCUCUGUUGCCUCUUUCCAAUGGUUUGUUCACAGUAUUUGAGAAGAGAGGGUUGAGCGAUAGAGUUUAUGUAGCGCGUGGAGAUGCAUAUAAUCUUUUGAAGGACUCUGUUGCAAACCAACUUGUGGAUUCUGAAAUUUCUGACACCGUUCAUGGGAAAUUAUGUGAUAUAGCCAGAAGUGAAUGUUUCAAUGUUUCAUUUCUGACUUGCCAUUUGCUUGAGAAGCUCUUUCUGAGAAUACUUCCGGCCGAAUGGGUGCAUGCAAAGCAGGUCACCUGGAUCCCUGGUCAUCAAGGGCAACCCACUUUGGAAUGGAUGAAGUUGUUAUGGAAUUAUCUGAAUUCUAAUUGUGAUGAUCUUUCGGUUUUUUCUAAGUGGCCUAUUUUACCAGUUGGAAACAGUCAUCUCUUGCAAAUUGUUGAGAAUUCUUAUGUCAUUGAAGAUGAUGGGUGGAGUGAGAACAUGUCAACGUUAUUGCUGAGAAUAGGAUGUCUGUUAUUGAGGCAUGACCUUCAACUAGAACAUCCACAGUUGAAUAAAUAUGUGCAGUCUCCAACAGCAAGUGGCGUUCUAAAUGCAUUAUUAGCAAUUGCUUGUGAACCAGGGAAAAUAGAAGGUCUUUUCGUUGAUGCAUCAGAGGGCGAGCUGCAUGAGCUUAGAAGUUUCAUUCUUCAAUCCAAGUGGUUCUCUGGAGGCUUACUUAAUGCAACACAUAUUAAUAUCAUCAAACAAAUUCCCAUGUUUGAGUCCUUCAGGAGUAGAAAGUUGGUUUCUUUAACCAAACCUACUAAAUGGCUGAAACCAGAUGGUAUUCUAGAGGAUCUUUUGGAUGACGACUUUGUUCGUAUCGAUUCAGAGAAAGAAGGAAAAUUAUUGAAAAAAUAUUUAGAUAUGAGGGAACCUUCACGAGUGCAAUUUUAUAAAGGUUAUGUGUUCAAUCGCAUGCCAGAACUUGUCUCUCAGCAGGGGUUUCUGUCAGCUAUCCUUGAUGAAAUCCGUGUGCUGAUCAAGGAAGAUAACUCUUUCAGAAAAGAACUUACGAUGACACCUUUUGUUCUGACAAAUGGGGGAUCUUUACAAGAACCACAUAGGCUAUACGAUCCUCGUGUAGCUGAGCUACAAAAAUUUCUGCACAAGGAUUCCUUCUUCCCUUCUGACAAGUUCUCUGAUCCGGAAACUUUGGAGAUGUUAGUUACCCUUGGACUAAGGCAAACCUUAGGCGUUAAGGGGUUGCUUGACUCUGCUACGUCAGUAUCUAUGUUGCAUGAUGCAAUGGAUCCGGAUGCUGUUGUAUAUGGGAAGAGAUUACUUGGUUGUUUAGAUGUGUUGGCACUCAAGCUCUCAACCGAGGAAGUAGAAUUCAGUUUCAAUGGGUUCGGGACUGCAGGAGAAAGUGACAUCAGCUUGCCUGAUCAUGAAGCUGAUAACUACUCAAGAAAUACUUCUGAGGCAUUUCACAAAGGUUUUCCUGGGAAGUUGAUUGAUGAAAUGCCUGGAGAAGAGUUUUGGUCUGAAAUGAAAGCCAUCAGUUGGUGUCCUGUUUAUGUUGACCCACCUUUGCAGGGACUUCCAUGGUUAGUACCAUCUCAAGAAAUUGCCGCACCAGAUACUGUCAGACCAAAAUCACAGAUGUGGCUUGCUUCAUAUAUGAUGCACAUACUGGAUGGUGAAUGUAACUCAAUGUAUUUGCAACGUAAGCUUGGCUGGACAGAUCGCUUACAUAUAAAUACUUUGUCUUCUCAACUAGUUGCUCUAUCCAAGUCCUAUGCACAACUCAAGAUGCACCCGGAGUCGGAUCAUGAAUUUGAAGUGUCUCUGCAGGAGCAUAUGCCCACACUUUAUUCAAAUUUGCAAGAAUAUGUUGGGACCGAUGACUUUGAGCUUCUUAAAGCUUCUCUCAGUGGCCAUUCUUGGGUUUGGAUUGGAGAUGAUUUUGUAACUGCGGAAGCACUUGCAUUUGAUUCACCUGUAAAAUAUAGUCCAUACUUGUAUGUCGUUCCAUCUGAAUUGUCUGUAUAUAGAGAUUUGCUUCUGGCUCUGGGAGUUAGGCUUAGUUUUAAUGUUUUUGACUACGCUCAUGUUCUGCUACGCUUACAAAAUGAUGUCAAAGGUUCACGGCUUUCAGAAGAUCAGUUGAGUUUCGUUCUUUGUGUCCUAGAAGCUGUUUCAGACUGUCAAUUAGAUAGAGGAAUGUUCGAAUCUUCUAACAGUCCAUUGUUGGUCCCUGAUUCUCAAGGAGUUCUUAUGGCUGCAGGGGAUGUUAUGUAUAAUGAUGCACCAUGGUUGGAUAGUAAUGCCCCUCUGGGAAAACAUAUCAUACACUCUAGCAUCAGUCAUGAUCUAGCAAACAGACUAGGGAUUCAAUCCCUUCGUUCCAUAUCUUUGGUCAGUGAGGAAAUGACAAAAGAUUUACCAUGCAUGGACUAUGCUAAAAUCUGUGAUCUUCUUGAGUUGUAUGGAAACAAAGAUUUCCUGUUAUUUGAUCUUGUUGAGCUGGCAGACUGCUGUAAAGCCAAAAAGCUUCACAUAAUUUUGGACAAGCGCAAACAUCCAUGCCAGUCGUUGUUGCAGCAAAAUUUAGGAGACUUUCAAGGGCCUGCCCUUGUUGCGGUCUUGGAAGGAACCAGCUUGAGCAGGGAGGAAAUAUCUAGCCUCCAGUUUCUUCCACCCUGGGGUUUAAGGGGUGACAUGCUUAAUUAUGGCUUGGGAUUGAUGAGCUGUUAUUCUAUAACUGAUCUUCCUUCAGUUGUCUCUGGUGGCUAUUUAUACAUGUUUGAUCCUCGUGGUAUGGCUUUUGCUCCACCUUCAAGUCAUUCUCCAGCCGCAAAGAUGUUCACUUUGACAGGUACCAAUUUGACUGAGCGAUUUCGUGAUCAGUUUAGUCCCAUGUUUGUUGGUCAAAAAGUUCCAUGGUCGGCAGAUUCUACGGUUAUACGAAUGCCUAUUUCAUCAAAAUUCAUUGAUGAUGGAACUGAAUCUGGGUGCACAGGAGUGAGACUGAUAUUUGAAAAUUUUAUAAAGCAGGCCUCUAGAACACUUGUAUUUCUAAAGUCAGUUUCAGAGGUGUCAUUAUCAACAUGGGGGGAGAAAGAGCCACAACCGUCCCAAGAUUUUUUAAUUUAUGUGGAUUCAUCUCAUGCAACAGCAAGGAAUCCAUUCUCAGAAAAGAAGUGGAAGAAAUUCCAGUUAUCAAAUUUAUUUGGUAGCUCAAGUUCUGCGGUCAAGUUACACGUGGUAGAUAUAAAUUUGCACCAAAGGGGAAUGAUGGUUGUGGACCGGUGGCUUGUUGUACUUAGUUUGGGUUCUGGGCAAACAAGAAACAUGGCUCUUGAUAGGCGAUAUCUAGCCUAUAAUCUGACACCUGUUGCUGGAGUGGCUGUACACAUCUUAAGAAAUGGACAUCUUGCCGAGGCCCGUUCAAUGUGGUCCAUCAUGUCUCCUCUUCCUCUAUCUGACUGCAUUAGUAUGCCUGUUACUGUUCUUGGCUGUUUCCUUGUGCGUCACAAUCGAGGCCGUUACCUUUUUAUGUACCAAGACAGUGAAUCUUUGGCUAAGGCACAACCUGAUGCAGGAAAUCAGUUAAUCGAAGCCUGGAAUCGAGAACUCAUGUGUUGCGUGCGGGAUUCAUACAUAAGAUUGGUGUUGGAAAUGUUUAAGAUAAGAAGAGAUCCGUCAACUUCGACACUGGAGUCAAGAGCAACCCAUGCCAUUAACUUGGCGUUGAGUGGAUGUGGGAGUCAGAUAUAUUCCUUCUGGCCUACAUCUAGUGGGAAACCAAUACUUACUGAUUCCGAAAAUGCACAUAGCUUAGUUUCAAAGAAGACCCUCAAAGCCGACUGGAACUGUUUAGUUGAACAAGUCGUGAGACCGUUCUACUCUCGCCUUGUUGACCUCCCUGUUUGGCAGCUGUAUUCGGGAAAUUUAGUUAAAGCUGAAGAGGGCAUGUUUCUUUCGCAACCUGGAAGUAGAAUUGGUGGCAACGUGCUACCGAUCACAGUUUGUGUCUUUGUUAAGGAGCGUUAUCCAGUAUUUUCAGUGCCUUGGGAAUUGGUGUCCGAAAUUCAGGCAAUUGGGUUCAAUAUACGAGAAAUUAAACCAAAGAUGGUUCGUGAUCUUCUUAGAAUUUCUCCGACCCCAAUUGUUGUUCCAUCAAUCGAUACUUAUGUGGAUGUUCUUGAGUAUUGCUUGUUUGAUAUUCAGUUUCUGGAGCCAUCUAAUGCUGAUGGGCCUAGUACAUCUAGAGAAAGUAACGAGCCAGGCAGCAUUUCCGUACCUGGUUCCGACCCCAGUAGGCCUCCAGGGUCAUCAAUGGCUUCAUCUGGUUCAGGUGGAGACCCUAUAGAAAUGGUGGCUAGUAUAGGCAAGGCUCUGUUUGACUUCGGCCGAGGAGUUGUUGAAGACAUGGGUCGGGGGGGAGGUUCUUUAACCGAAAGGUACAACAUCUCGGGUGUGGGCUUUGAUGGUCGCAACAGAAGUAUGGACCGCAGGUUUCUGAAAGUAGCCGCUGAGCUUAAAGGUUUGCCAUGUCCCACUGCAAUGAGUCAUCUUACCAAAUUGGGUAUAACCGAGCUUUGGGUUGGAAACAAGCAGCAGCAAUCACUUAUGAAUAAUCUGGCUUCCAAAUUUAUCCAUCCAACUAUAUUGGAGAGACCUAUUUUGGCACAGAUCUUUAGCAAUGAUAAUCUAUUACCACUUCUGAAACUGCAAAUGUUUUCUCCUCGUUUGCUUUCCGAUCAUAUGAGCUCACUUUUUCAUGAAAAUUGGGUGAACCAUGUCAUUAACUCGAGUGCAGCUCCAUGGUUCUCGUGGGAAAAUAAUGGAAGUUCUGGUGGUGAAGGUGGUCCUUCUCCAGAAUGGACAAGACUCUUUUGGAGAAGUUUCAGUAGCUCACAAGAUCUACCACUCUUCUCUGAAUGGCCGCUAGUUCCUGCUUUUCUUGGUAGACCUGUAUUAUGCCGUGUAAAGCAUUGCAAUCUCAUAUUCAUUCCACCCCAAUCCACUGAUUCAGACUCGGAAACUGCUGUUACCGAGUGGGGUCUUGAAGAUGCUGAUGUGGCUUGUUUGGAUUCGUUAGCUGAAGAGGUUCGACCCUAUAUGGUAGCCUUUAAAGUCACUGCUAAAAAAUUCCCAUGGUUGUACUCAUUGCUGAACCAAUGCAACAUACCCAUACUUGAUGCUGCUUUCAUUGAAGGUGCUCCUCCACGUACUUUUUUUCCUGCACUUGGCCAAUCAUUGGGGAAAGCCAUAGCAAGCAAGCUUGUUGCCGCGAAAACUGCUGGUUAUUUACCUGAACUGACCUCCUUUCUAGCUUCAGAUUGUGAUGAACUGGUUCGCCUUUUGGCUUCUGAUUUUUCAUCUAAUGGCUCUGAGUACGCAAGAGAAGAUCUUGAAGUUUUUCGUGAUUUACCAAUCUACAAAACAGUUUCUGGGACGUAUAAAAAAGUGCAUACCCAAGAUACAUGUAUGAUUGCUUCAAAUACAUUCCUCAGGCCGUAUAGCGAGCAAUGUCUCUCUUAUGGCUCAGAGUCUGUUGAGAGUGAACUGCUCAGAGCCCUUGGGGUCUCUGAGUUGCAAGAUAAACAAAUAUUGGUUCGGUUUGCAUUACCAGGAUUUGAAGAGAAGCCGCAAUCAGAACAGGAGGACGUAUUGAUAUAUCUUUACAUGAACUGGCAGGAUCUCCAACAAGAUCCUUUAGUCAUCGAAACAUUAAAGGAGACCAAAUUUGUAAGAAGUGCAGAUGAACAUUCAGGGGACCUGUAUAAACCCAAAGACUUGUUUGAUCCUGGUGAUUCACUACUAACUUCAGUUUUUGCUGGUGAGGUUCAAAAGUUUCCUGGGGAAAGGUUUGUCUCGGAUGGAUGGCUUAACAUACUAAGGAAAACAGGUCUUCAAAACACGAGUGAUGCAGAUAUUGUGCUUGAAUGUGCUAGAAGAGUAGAGUUUCUUGGAGCUGAAAGUAUGAAACCUUCAGGGUUUGUUGACGAUUUUGAGGAAGACUUUUCAAACGCAAGAACUGAAGUUCCUUCAGAGAUCUGGUCCUUAGCUGAAACUCUUAUCAGUGCUAUAUUUGCAAAUUUUGCUGUUCUUUAUGGCAACAAUUUCUGCAAUAUUCUUGGCAAGAUUGCAUGCAUUCCUGCCGAAAAAGGCUUCCCAUCUUUAAGUGGAAAGAAAGGUGGUAAAAGAGUUCUUUGUUCAUAUGGUGAAGCCAUUUUGUUGAAAGAUUGGCCACUUGCAUGGAGCGUUGCUCCCAUUCUUUCCAGACAAAGCAUGGUUCCACCCGAGUACUCUUGGGGUGCUCUCCAACUGCGGAGUCCUCCUCCUUUUACUAUAGUUCUAAAACAUCUCCAGGCUAUUGGACGAAAUUUUGGUGAAGACACUCUGGCUCACUGGCCUACUGAGUCAGGAUUAAUAACAGUUGAGGAAGCUUCUUUUGAGGUAUUCAAGUAUCUGGAAAAAAUUUGGGGUACACUAUCUUCGUCAGAUAUAUCGGAGUUGCAGCAAGUGGCAUUCAUUCCAGCUGCUAAUGGGACACGCUUAGUGACCUCCAAUUCUCUUUUUACCCGCCUGACGAUAAAUCUCUCCCCAUUUGCAUUUGAACUUCCUUCACGCUACCUGCCAUUUGUGAAGAUUCUGAAAGAACUGGGGAUCCAGGACACGCUAUCUAUUUCUUGUGCAAUGGACCUUCUUUUAAAUCUUCAAAAAUCUUGUGGGUAUCAACGUCUUAAUCCAAAUGAACUCCGUGCAGUGAUGGAAAUUCUACAUUUUCUCUGUAAUGAAACCAUUGAACAGCAUAAGUCAGAUAGAUCCAACUGGGAAUCCGAGUUGAUUGUCCCUGAUGAUGGCUGCAGACUCGUUCAUGCAAAUUCAUGUGUAUAUAUUGAUCCCUAUGGUUCGCGGUAUGUGAAGUAUAUUGAUUCUUCGAGACUGAGGUUUGUUCACCAUGAUGUUUCAGAGACUUUGUGUUUGACCUUCGGCAUAAAAAAGCUAUCUGAUGUUGUUGUGGAGGAGCUCGAUCCUGUUGAACAUCUGCAGACUCUUGAAGAGGUUGGGUCUGUUUCAUUGUCAACCAUCAGGCUAAAGUUGUCAAGCAAGUCAUUUCAGGUUGCUGUAUCAAGUGUUCUCAACAGUGUACCUAGCAAUGCUGCCGGAUCGAAAAUUCCAGAUUUGCAGACACUACAAAGAUCACUUGAAUCCAUUGCUCAAAGAUUGCAGUUUGUGCGAUCCCUCUAUACCCGGUUUUGGCUCCUCCCAAAAUCUUUAGACAUCACUCGUGCAUCAAAAGAUUCCAUCAUUCCAGGAUGGGAAAACGGAUCCAGCCAUCGAGCCCUCUAUUAUGUUGAUCGUUUAAAUACUCGCUUGCUAAUUGCUGAACCACCAAGUUAUGUAUCUGUUCUUGAUCUUGUUGCGAUCGUUGUGAGCCAUGCUUUGGGCUCUCCAGUCCCACUACCCAUUGGUUCGUUAUUUCUCUGUCCAGAAGACUCUGAAACCGCGCUUGUUAAUAUUUUGAAACUUUCUUCCGAUGGGAGGAUGAUAGAUGGCAUGAGUAGCGGAAGUGGUUUUCUUGGCCGGGAUAUACUUCCGCAAGAUGCAAUGCAAGUGCAACUUCACCCUUUAAGACCAUUUUAUAAAGGAGAGAUAGUGGCGUGGCGAAGUCAAAAUGGAGAAAAGUUGAAGUAUGGUAGGAUUCCGGAGGAUGUAAGACCAUCAGCAGGGCAAGCACUUUAUAGAUUCAAUCUUGAAACUUCUCCAGGGAAGACUGAGACUAUUCUUUCUUCACAUGUUUUCUCGUUUAGAAGUUUGUCAAUUGACAACGAGUCUUCCACACAUAUGAUGCCUGUGGACAGUGAUAGUAUCGUAAAUAGUAAGCGUGUCGAGCAACCAGAAGGGUCUGGAGGAGCGAAGUUGAAAAAUCAGCGACAACCGAUUAAAGAACUUCAGCAUGGUCGUGUAUCCGCUGAGGAAUUGGUUCAAGCAGUUCAAGAGAUGCUGUCUGCUGCUGGAAUCAGGAUGGACACAGAGAAGCAGUCCCUCCUCCAGUCAACAUUGUCGUUGCAAGAACGAUUGAAGGAAUCUCAGGCAGCACUUCUGCUUGAGCAGGAGAAAUCAGAUAUGGCAACAAAAGAAGCCGACACAGCUAAAGCAGCAUGGCUAUGCCGAAUCUGUUUGACCAAUGAAAUCGAUAUUACAGUCGUUCCGUGUGGUCAUGUGCUAUGUCGUCGAUGCUCAUCUGCUGUUUCCCGAUGUCCGUUUUGUCGACUCCAAGUCUCUAAAACGAUCAAAAUAUACCGGCCUUGAUGACUUUUAAGUGGUAAAGAUGAUUCUUAUAGAGUUCUGUAUUGCUUUCGAGGCAAAAUCAUCCGCCGAACACUUUGAAACAAUGGGCUGAUUUUGACCAUCAAACAAGUACAUAUUUCGGUUAACAUUCAUAAUUCAUUGUGUAUAUUGAAACUGUAUCAUGUAAGCAAACAGUUAAAUACAGAAUUUUGUACAGCAGAUAUCAAUCAAUUAUUCGUUAAUCACCA